AAAUUUCUUUUCAAUAUGGCUUCCGGCGACACUGCGCUAUGGCUUCAUAAUAAAUUGGGAUCUACGGACGACUUGUGGUCAGGAAAAACAAUAUGUUCACAACUCAGCCAGAACAAACUGCAAAGUAUCCAUGCAUGUUUUCACACGCUGCAGCCGCACGUGAAGGUCAAACUCAUGCUUUCUUUCCUUCAUAUUCCAAGACGAAAUGUCGAACAGUGGAAAGGUGACAUGGAGGAUAUCCUAGCUCAGGCCACACAUUUUGACACUGACCAGUGGGUGUCUGCAAUAGCAGAAAUCCUUCAGUCCUACCCAAGCACUGGCUGUCUGAAUUUAGAAAUCGAUAACAGUAACUCCACCUUCAUGGAGAUCCUCACAGACCUUAGUAAAGUUGUGAAGAAGUGUGCCAGUGUAAGGAUGCUUCCAAUGGAAUGUCAGUUUUUGAACAAGACAGCGCUUGUAGCUGCCACUGGACCCCUCCCCCAACCUGUCAAACAUUUUGCCCUCAAACGCAAGCCAAAGUCAGCCAUUCUCAGAGCUGAACUACUACAGAAAUCCUCAGAGGUAGCCAAUAACAAGAAAAAUAAUGCUCCAAACAGUGUACCAUACAAAGUUCGCAGUUUUGCCAAAAAGAUGGACGACUCCACCCCGUUAAAGGGUCUUCCUGGAAGGACCCCACCAUCAGCCGGAUUCCGGUCACCGGGAACUGUGAUGGGACGAUCUAACUCCCUGCAAGGAACCCCUCUAGGUGGCCAUCGACAAAACUCCCUAAAGAAAGAAGGAGGAAUUAAACUCUUGGACAUUGAGGCUUUGCCCUUAGGGCCAAAAGAAGCAAAACGACGAAAGAAAAUACAAGAAAUGGAAGAGAUGGAACAAAGAAAAAAGGAGAAGGAGGCAGCUGCUGCAGCAGGGACCAAUCCAACCACUGCUUCCUAUACUCCAGAUUAUGCUGCAGGUCUGGUGUCCCCAGCCCCUUCAAAGCUGUCGGCACCCACUACAGUUUUACCUGGAGGAACAACAAUUUCAUUAGCAGCCCCAACCCCCACAGUGACAUAUGUACCACCAGCAGCCUCCAGACUAACGGCCCCAACACCCCCGUCUUCAUUUGUCUCACCUGUGACUGCAACACAACAACAAGCCAGGGACAAUCUCCAACAACAGUUAGAACAACAGCUUGGCCAAUCACAAAUCAGAACACAGACUGCCAUACAAUCCAAUCAACCACAGACAACCUUACAAACAAAUGUACAGAAACCAUCCAAUCAGAAUACACUUCCUCAGUCCCAGGCUACUGCUGCAGCAGCUCCUCCACAGCAAAAGAAGGGUUUAUCACUUACAAAAGAACAAAUGUUGGAAGCACAGGAAAUGUUCCGUACAUCCAACAAAGUCACACGUCCCGAAAAAGCUCUCAUUCUUGGAUUCAUGGCAGGGUCAAGAGACAACCCUUGCCCACAGCAGGGUAAUGUACUGAGUAUAAGACUGAGUGAAAAUAAGGAGAUCCUCCAGCAGGCAGACGGCUCCACUAAGACCAUGCUGGCAGACAUUUUCUUCCAGAUGAACUACGAGACUGGCGAGUGGAAGAGGAUCAAAAAAUACCGCGAGUGUCCAGAGACCUGAAUCUUUAUUUGAUGGUUAUACCUUGAGUGCAACUUGCUACAGAACUGGUUAAUCUGGAUUAAGAGCUUUGUCUGAUCAGCUUCCUCACUCUUGUGUUGGAUCCAAGAGUUACAGUUCAUGCCUCACCCAUCAGCCACCCAAGGCUUCGGCGUAGAGGAUACAGGAAAAGCGUGACGCCCAUCAUACAGAAGAUCAAGUCCACAUUCUCACCGCAAACAAAGAGUGCUUAUAUAAUGACACAGCUUCCUAGUUCUGCAACACAGCAGUCCAGUUGACCAUACAUUUUGUGCCAUUCUUUAACAUGAAAACUGACUAUGUGAUUAUCUGAUAUUAUUUCUCAUUUGUUUUCAUUGUGGUAUCCUUGUUGUAUGGAAAUUUGAAGAUGUUGUUAUAAUAUUAAAAAUUGUUAUUUUGUU